GCGUAUAUUCUUAUUCAUCUCAUACGGAUACUACUUAUCUGGAAAAGUACAUAAUAACGAUGGAGGAGCCGGUAUACAUGUUGGAUAGGAACGCUAGGCAACUUGAGGAAAUUUGGGAAUGCGAAGAGGGACGGCUGGAUCCACAAAAGGUGAUUCAACGUCCGGCCAUCCUUCACGUCCAAUUAUACCCUAAAUCAGAUGUCUCUCAGGACUUGGAAGAAUUCGUCAAAGAUCUUGGUGGAAGCGCUCCCUAUACACAUCCAAAAUCGCAGAUUCGGUGUAUAAUUUGGCAUUUGUUUGUAGCAUUUGGGUACGGCGUACGCUCCAAAGACCAUUUCCGUUUGCUAGAGCCUACGAGGAGAAAGACGAUGAUUGGUAGAACCGCGGAACUCUACCCACUGUAUGAAGGCGAGAAGCCUGUAGAUUUCCAUUUCCUGGUAAACUACCAUUUUCGAGGGUUGGACACGCCGGACAACGAGAUACCCCAGGAGGACACGGUAGUUUGGUGGCCAAAUGUCAUAGUCUACCUCUCGGAGGUAUAUCGCACUAUGGUACAGAUUGACCGGACUAGUCAAGACGGUAUGCAGAAGUUCUUUGGGUUCUUCGCGCGGCCGUAUGUCCGCAUGCAAGAAUAUUGGAUUAUGAUUGACGAAAAGGUACAUUCCACACCUGUGGAAGAAGAUUUCGCCGCGGGACCAGACGCUAUUGAUGAUAUAUACGAGAACAAGCUAGAUGAUGCGAUGAGAACUAAGCUGAGAACCAAAUUUGAGAUAUACAAUUCCGAUGAUACAGUCCGAUGUAGGUUAGAAGACAUUGUGGCUGUUAACGACGUUGAGGGGUUGACUGCUACACAAAAACGCAGACUUCGUACGGUGGCGGCAUAUCUAAGGUUCUGGGGCGACAGUGCACCGGUAACGCCUCGAGCUAUACGAUAUGCUCGUCCGGGCGAGAAAAGCCAUGGGGAACCGGCCACUAUUAUUGAGCUCGUUCAUAAAUUAGACGUAAGGGAGCCUAACGAUCGUGUAGGGUUGAAGUUCUUCCCUGCCGUCACCCCCCGCUAAAUAGGGGUACUUCGCGCGUAUCAAGGUAUAAAGGCCUGCGAAAAGAAGUAUACCUUUCCCGAAGAUAGACAGACGUAUAUAAGUUACGAUAUUAUGUAACAAAGGCCUCGGUGACCCUGUAUCAAACG